AUGAAAGGGCUUCCUUCCAUAGUUCCCGCGUUAAUUCAAAACCCCACCAAGUUUACCUGCGUCAAAGCUCAACUGCGGAUCCUCUCUGAAACUUCUUCACCGCUUUCUGAGAAGUUUGCUUCUUUUUUGGACAACUGUCUGGACAUUGAUUCUUUAAAAAAGUUGCAUGCUUGCAUAUUAACACAUGGUCUUGAAAACAACGUUGGUUUGGGCUCUAAGCUUAUCAAUUCGUGCGCAAGAUUCAAUCUUUUAACUGAAUCUAAAUGGGUUUUCCGUAAAAUCAUUUGUAACAAUCUCUCUCUCUGGAAUUCAAUUAUUCUUGGGUACUUCAGAGCUGCUCAUUUUGGUGAAGUUCUGGGGCUUUAUGUAGGACUAAGGCGUAGAAAAAUUGGUAUCAAUGGUUCAGUAAUUACUUUUGGUUUGAAAAGUUGCGUUGAGUUGGGUAGUCUAGACUUUGGAAAAAGUCUCCAUGUGGAUGCUUUCAAGUCUGGCUUAAAUGGUGAUCGGUUUGUGGGUUCAUCACUGAUUGGGUUGUAUCACAAAUAUGAUGACGUUGACGAAGCAGCUAAAGUGUUUGAUGAAAUUACUGCGAGAGAUGUCGUUGUUUACACUUCAAUGAUUACUGCAUAUGCUCAGGUUGGUGAUAAUCGUUCUUGCGAGGCUUUCAGAGUGGCAGGUUAUAUGCAAAAGGAAGAACUUGAACCAAAUCGCAUAACUCUGGUCAGCUUAUUGCAGGCUGUAUCAGUGUAUGGAGCUAUUAAAGAGGGCAAAUCAAUUCAUGGAUAUGCUAUUAGGAAAGGGAUUGGAUGGUUGGAUGAAGUCUUUGAAACUAGUCUGAUGGAUAUGUACAUGAAGUGCGGGUUCCCUGACAAAGCAGCCUUGAGUUUUGGUAACAUAAGCUGGAAAACAAUCGGUUCCUGGAAUGCUAUGAUUACUGGUCAUCUGCAACUUGGGCAGCCCUUGAAAGCAUUGCAACUUUUUCUUCAAAUGGUUCAACAAAACUAUGUGCCUGAUAUUAUUACUUUGGCCAAUGGGGUUUUGAGUUGUGGAUAUAUAGGGCAUUUGUCUGGAGGCAAGAGUAUCCAUGGCUACUUACUGAGAAAUGGAUUUCAGCUUGAUCUUGUUGCUACCACAGCUCUAAUCGAUAUGUACUCGAAAUGUUACCAACUAAUUCAAGCCAAGGAAGUCUUUGAUAAGAUGCAUCGUAAAGAUGAUGUUUCCUUCAAUGUGAUGAUAGCUGGUUAUCUUGAAAAUGGAUUUUCAUCUCAGGCCGUGGAGGAAUUUCAUGAAAUGGUAAGGAUGGAUUUGAGGCCAAACGUAAGUACAAUCCUGAACGUGCUUUCUGCAAUCUCAGAUCUGAAAGAUACAAGGCAAGGCAAGUGCAUCCAUGGACAUGCGUUCAGACAUGGGUUUGGAGAGAAUACGGAUAUAGCAAAUCAACUUAUUAACAUGUACUCAAAGUGCUGCACCAUGAACUACGCAAGGAAAGUCUUUGACAGGAUAGGAAAGAAGGAUACAGUGUCAUGGACAUCAAUGAUAACAGCUCAUGUUAAUGGUGGCCGUGCUGAUGAAGCUGUGAUCCUGUUCCGGCUGAUGCAGAAAGAAAAACUUAAUCCUGAUUCUGUCACUUUAAUCAGUCUACUUCAGGCAUUGGCUCAGCUUGGAUGUCUGAGUUUGGCCAGGGAAGUUCAUACUCGCGUAUAUCGAAUACUUUUGAAUGAAGACAAACCUAUGAUUAAUUGUCUAAUUACUGCUUAUAGCAACUUUGGAAAAUUAAUCAUUGCGAGAAAUUUGUUUGAGCAUGUAGCUAAACGUCAAUUGGCAACAUGGAAUUCUAUGAUAUCAGCAUACGGAAUGCACGGUGACUGUGUUCAAGCACUGAAAUUGUUUGACAUGAUGAAAAAGGAUAAGAUUACUCCUGAUGGAUUAACGUUCACGUCAGUACUUUCUGCGUGCAGUCAUUCAGGAAUGGUAAACGAGGGCUUGUGCGUCUUCAAGUCUAUGAAAGAAGAAUAUAGAUUAACUCCUUCUGGUGAGCAUUACAGUUGUAUGGUGGACUUAUUAAGCAGAGCAGGGCGCCUUGAAGAAGCAUAUGAACUUCUAAAAUUUCUGCCAUCAGACCAAGCUACUUCUGCACUUGGUGCUCUGCUUGCUGCUUGCAGAGUUCAUGGAAAUAUCAAUAUGGGGGAAAUAAUAGGAAGGAGGCUGUUGAAACUGGAGCCUCAGAACCCUAGUGCAUAUAAUUUAGUGUCAAAUUUGUUAGCUGAACAAGAGAAAUGGGAGGAAGUAGCUAAACUGAGAAGCAUUGCAGAAAGAAGAGGCUUGAAAGGAUUUGCAGGGAAUAGCAUGAUAGAGUUUGGAUGUACGGGUCUUCUGAGUGGUUCAUGA